UUUGGUGAGACUGAGGGGGAGUUACAGAGAGAAAGGGACCUGAGGUGCUCUUCACAGAACGGAAUCUGCACGCAUGGUGAUCUCCGCCUCUGUGGGUGAUCCUCAGUCACCAUGAAAGACUAGGAACUCAGCUCUCCAAGGGGAAUGGCUUGUUUUGUAAUAUCCCUGCCCUGCUACCUGCCGUAUGACUCCAGCUGCCUCUGAAGGGCCUGUCAGCUGUUUAUGGGAACUACCACUGUGUUCGCUCUCUUGAGGAUUUAAGCUUUUCCAGGACAACACCUUUCCUUUUUUUUUUUUUUUUUUUUUACCCCCACUGUUGAGUCGAAGCAGCAACGCUUUGCUAUAGCGUGGGGAGGCGGCGAGACAAUGGCGAACAACUCGUACAGCGGUGUGAAAAACUCCAUGGUGGAGGCCAACCACGAUGGAGAGUUUGGCUGCACGCUCAAAGAACUGCGCUCCCUUAUGGAACUGAGAGGCGCAGAGGCAUUAAGCAAAAUUGGGGAAUCUUAUGAGGAUAUUCAAGGACUCUGCAACCGAUUAAAAACAUCACCUAUAGAUGGUCUAAGUGGACAGCCUACAGACAUCGAGAAGCGGAAAACAGUGUUUGGUCAAAAUUUAAUACCGCCCAAAAAGCCCAAAACUUUCUUACAGUUAGUGUGGGAGGCACUACAGGAUGUCACACUGAUUAUCCUAGAAGUGGCAGCGAUAGUUUCACUAGGCCUUUCUUUUUAUAAACCUCCAGAUGCCGAUAGAGAAAACUGUGGAAGGGCAGCUGGCGGCGUGGAGGAUGAAACCGAGUCUGAAGCGGGCUGGAUCGAGGGCGCCGCCAUUCUUCUGUCAGUUAUGUGUGUGGUGCUGGUGACGGCAUUCAACGACUGGAGUAAAGAGAAGCAGUUUAGGGGCCUCCAGAGCCGCAUCGAGCAGGAGCAGAAAUUUACUGUUGUCCGCGGAGGACAAGUUAUCCAAAUUCCUGUGGCUGAGAUCGUGGUCGGCGACAUUGCACAAGUAAAAUAUGGUGACCUUUUGCCUGCUGACGGCGUCCUCAUCCAAGGCAACGAUCUGAAGAUCGAUGAGAGCUCACUCACAGGGGAGUCGGACCACGUCAAGAAAACACAUGAAAAAGAUCCAAUGCUGUUAUCAGGCACCCAUGUAAUGGAAGGCUCAGGGAAAAUGCUGGUCACUGCUGUGGGUGUCAACUCUCAAACUGGAAUUAUCUUCACUUUACUCGGGAGCAACGAGGAUGAUGACGAGGACGAAGAGGAAAAGAAAAAGGAAAAGGAGGAGAAGAAGAAGCAGAGAAAAAACAAGAAGCAGGACGGAUCUGUGGAAAAUCGUAAGAAAGCUAAAGCACAGGAUGGUGCUGCAAUGGAAAUGCAGCCGCUGAACAGUGACGAGGGAGGUGAUGCAGAGGAGAAGAAGAAGGCCAACCUGCCAAAGAAAGAGAAGUCUGUUCUCCAGGGCAAACUGACCAAACUAGCUGUACAGAUUGGCAAAGCAGGACUGGUUAUGUCAGCCAUCACUGUCAUCAUCCUGGUGGUGCUGUUUGUAGUAGACACCUUCUGGAUCCAGAAUCUGCCCUGGGUCAAGGACUGCACGCCCAUUUACAUCCAGUUCUUUGUCAAAUUCUUCAUCAUUGGCGUCACUGUGCUGGUGGUGGCUGUUCCCGAAGGCCUGCCACUUGCUGUAACAAUCUCCCUGGCAUACUCUGUCAAGAAAAUGAUGAAAGACAACAACCUGGUACGUCACUUGGAUGCCUGUGAGACUAUGGGCAAUGCUACCGCCAUCUGCUCCGACAAGACCGGUACACUCACCAUGAACCGCAUGACUGUGGUGCAGGCCUACAUCGCUGAAAAGCACUACAAGAAGAUCCCCGAACCAGAGAACAUCCCCGCCUCUAUUUUAGACAUGCUGAUUCUGGGCAUCGCUGUCAACUGCGCCUACACUACUAAGAUCAUGCCUCCAGAGAAAGAAGGGGGCCUGCCACGGCAAGUGGGUAACAAGACCGAAUGUGCCUUGCUUGGCUUUUCAAAUGACCUGAAGCGGGACUACCAGAACAUACGCAACGAGAUCCCUGAAGAGAAACUGUACAAAGUCUACACCUUCAACUCAGUCCGCAAGUCUAUGAGCACUGUGUUGAAGAUGGCUGAUGGCAGCUACCGUAUGUUCAGCAAAGGGGCCUCAGAAAUUCUCCUAAAAAAGUGCUAUAAAAUCCUGACAGCAAAUGGUGAGUCCAAGGUGUUUCGCCCUCGGGACAGAGACGACAUGGCGAAGAAAGUGAUCGAGCCCAUGGCUUCAGAGGGCCUGAGGACCAUCUGCCUUGCAUACAGAGACUUCCCGGUCUCUGAGGGGGAACCUGACUGGGACAACGAGAACGACAUCCUCACUGGACUGACUUGCCUCAGCGUGGUGGGCAUUGAAGACCCAGUGAGACCCGAGGUCCCAGACGCCAUCAGGAAAUGCCAGCGUGCUGGUAUCACAGUGCGCAUGGUGACUGGGGACAACAUCAACACCGCCCGAGCCAUCGCCACCAAGUGUGGCAUCCUCCUGCCUGGAGACGACUUCAUCUGCAUCGAGGGCAAAGAGUUCAACCGAAGGAUACGCAAUGAGAAAGGAGAGAUUGAGCAAGAACGCAUUGACAAGAUCUGGCCCAAACUACGAGUACUGGCUCGCUCUUCCCCCACAGACAAACACACCUUAGUGAAAGGUAUUAUUGACAGCACAGUGAUAGAACAAAGACAAGUAGUAGCAGUGACAGGAGAUGGAACCAAUGACGGUCCUGCCUUGAAGAAAGCUGAUGUUGGCUUCGCUAUGGGUAUCGCCGGCACAGAUGUAGCCAAGGAGGCGUCUGACAUCAUCCUGACCGACGACAAUUUCUCCAGCAUCGUCAAGGCCGUCAUGUGGGGACGCAACGUCUACGACAGCAUCUCCAAGUUCCUCCAGUUUCAGCUUACUGUCAACGUGGUGGCAGUCAUCGUAGCAUUUACAGGAGCCUGCAUCACACAGGACUCUCCACUGAAGGCGGUGCAGAUGUUAUGGGUCAACCUCAUCAUGGACACCUUUGCUUCACUAGCCCUGGCCACAGAGCCCCCUACAGAAGCCCUGCUGCUGAGGAAGCCAUAUGGCCGCAACAAGCCUCUCAUCUCCCGCACCAUGAUGAAGAACAUCUUGGGUCAGGGAGUGUUCCAGCUCAUCAUCAUCUUCACUCUGCUCUUUGCUGGAGAGAAAAUGUUCGACAUCGACAGCGGCAGGAACGCGCCCCUCCACGCCCCUCCUUCUGAACACUACACCAUUGUCUUCAAUACCUUUGUACUGAUGCAGCUUUUCAAUGAGAUCAAUGCCCGCAAGAUCCACGGUGAAAGGAAUGUCUUUGAAGGCAUCUUCAACAACCUUAUCUUCUGUAGUAUUGUCUUUGGUACCUUCAUUAUCCAGUUCGUCAUAGUGCAGUUCGGUGGGAAGCCGUUCAGCUGCGUGGCUCUGACCCUGGACCAGUGGCUCUGGUGCACUUUCCUAGGCUUCGGCUCUCUGCUGUGGGGACAGGUAAUCUCUUCGAUACCCACCAGCCGCUUAAAAUUCCUGAAAACGGCGGGCCACGGCACCCAGAAAGAGGAAAUCCCAGACGAGGAGCUCGAGGAGCUGGACGACAACGAAGAGAUCGACCACGCUGAACGGGAGCUCCGCCGAGGCCAGAUCCUCUGGUUCCGAGGCCUCAAUCGCAUCCAGACUCAGAUGGAUGUAGUGAGUGCGUUCCAGAGUGGAACUUCCUUUCAGGGGGCUCUAAGGCGGCAGGCCUCCAACUCCAGCCAACAACAGCACGAUGUAACCAAUGUUUCUAGCCCUACACAUAUCCGGGUGGUGAAUGCAUUCCGCAGCUCCAUCUCCCUCUAUGAGGGGCUGGAGAAGCCCGAGUCGCGAACAUCGAUCCACAACUUCAUGACCCACCCCGAAUUUCGGAUAGAGGACUCUGAGCCCCAUAUCCCCCUCAUAGACGACACCGACGCGGAGGACGACGCUCCCACCAAGCGCAACUCGGCCAGCCCCCGCAACGCCACGCCCACGCCGCCCUCCCCCUCGCCCUCGCCCACCACCGUCGCCCCCACCACGCCGGUCUCUCCCUCCCCAAACCAGAACAAUAACGCUGUGGAGAGCAGUAACCACCUCCUCCCAGAGGGGCCCAAAUCAGGAACCCCCUCGGCCCCGGGGAGCCCCUUACACAGCCUGGAGACCUCCCUUUGAUCUGACCCCCGCGCCCCCACGCGUCACCACCACUUUUUCUACCCGCCACCAAGGAGCUCGACUCGGACGGAAAGGAAAGGAACACUAGGAGGAGAGAGAGAGAGACGAAGGGCUAGAAGGAGAGCGGAGUCUUGUGUGAGCUUGGCUUGGGCUGGACUAAAAGAACAGCAAACAUUCAGAGGAAUGUACGGCUUGGUGUGGAUGCUUUGGUCUUCUUUUCUUUUUGGUUCUUAUUAAUACCCCGCUGCAACACAAGGACUCUGUCUCCACCCCUCCCCUCCUUGGUAACUUUUGUUUUUCUCGAUAAACAAGGGGUGAUUAUAAACUCAGAUUGAAAGUGACCUGUUUUUAAUCUAUUAUUAUUAUUAUUAUUGUUAUUAUUAUUAUUAUUUUAAUUGAGAAGGGGAGGUUCCUCCUCCUGGAUUGAAGAUUGUCUGUAAGAAUUCUGAAAGAACCUUUUAGCUUCUCUUUUAUCUGAAUGGUGUUGUAUAUUUAUCUCUUUGGCCCUUGCUCAUUCAAAACUUAUUUCUGCUCCAUUGGCUGUUAAUAUUUUGAGUUAUUUAUGUUUUUUUUUUUUGUUUUUUUGGAAAAAGCAGGUCUGUUUACAAAGUUUGUAGAUACUUUUUUUCUGUUUGUAGGCAAAAGAGCUUCCUGAUGUAUGAUGCAGAAAACUGGGACAGAAUAAAAAAUGAAUGAGAGGAUUAUUUCAGAUACUGCUGUAUUUUCAGGAAAAAAAGGGUGUUUCUAUUGAAACUUAACUAUUUUUGCCUGCAAGUUUUAUUUGUUAUAUAUUUGUAGAUAAAUGUAGAACCUUCUAGCCAAACCGAUAAACACUAAGGCUUGUAUAGAAAAGAGGUCCACCGGGGCGAGGCGUUUUCACAGGAGACGGGACGGGAAAGACAAUUUGGGCCUCUGUCCACUAACAUUGCUAUAAAUAUUUACUUCUUCCAUUUCUUCAAUAGUUUUCAUGUGCACAAAAACCUUCUGGAGUUCUGGAUUCUCUUUUCAUUCAUUAUGUUGUGUUCAAGGAUUUCCACAUGUUGAAAGGUUCACUCGUUAAAGGGAGUUGAGAAGAUAUCUGGGCCCGUAUUUAGCAAGCAUCUCAGAGCGACACGUGAAUCAUGCUGAAACUAAGUCUUACCUCGGAGUCGGACAUGAGCUCCUUAUGAAGCCUCCUACAGUCGCUCUCAGCGGGACGUUCUGCUUUUUAGAUUUUUUGUGCUUUUACAACACUGUACCGUAAAAUGAAAAUGUCUUGUACUAGUUAUUAGUUGCGUUCAUAAGAGGCUGAUCCAGAUUUAUUUGGAGGGAAAACUUGUGGGUGUGUGACUAACUUAUGCAUGUUACGUAGGGCUGAACGAUUUUAAAAAAUUUAGAUUAUUUUGAUUAUUGUGAUAUAUUUGAAUGAUAACUAUUACAUGAUUUUUCUCAGUUUUAUUGAAACAAUUUUCAUCCUGUUUUUUUUUUUUUUAGUCUGUAGAAUUCGAUGUGUAGGCCGGGACAUCUCUGCAGCACCACAAUAUUUAAUGAAUUUUUUUAUUUUUCUACAUAAAUUGAACCUCAUAAAAUUUCAAUUGUUCAGCCCUUAUGUUAACGCAAAAAAAUUGUUUUUGCCAAAGCUCAUAAAAACACUGAAAUUACUUAAAGUUCAUCCGUUUUUUUGUUUUUUUUGCAGCCACUUGAGUUCAAAGUAACGCUGUAUUCAGCCAGUGCGCCUAUUUAUUUUUCAAUAGGAACUUCACAUAGACUAAACAUGAAUGUGCCUUGGCUACAACAAGAAUUUAGACGAUGCUUUUCCAUCAUUUUCCGCCUCACAGAUAAAACACUGUUACUCCUACAGCUAAACGUAGGACCAAAUAAGCCUCAUUCUGAUCAUUCUGGGCCAGUUGUGACUGAUUUUCUCUCUCUAGAUGCUUGAUAAAUAUGGACCCUGGUUAUCUUCUUUUAUUUUAUUUUUUUAAAAGUUGGUGCAUUUAAUUUCCAUUUUUGUUUUUCUCCGCAAAAACGUUAGCCCCCUGCCAAUGUACAAUAUUGACAUUUGUUUACUCAGGCAUAGAAAAAGUAUUUAAUUUAAAAAGGAAUCUAUAAAGAACGAACCUUUUAACUUCGGACUUUGUGUAUUUAGAUAGUGAAAUAUCGUCUUGGUCACACACAAAAAAAAAAAUAGCAAGUGAAUUAUUUUUCAUUCAAUCUUUUAAGAUCAUGCCUUAGGAAAUAAUUUUACUCCUCCGAGUUCUGGUUUGUUGACAUUUUUAAAAAUCAAACAGGAGGGGGAAAAAAAAACAACUUUUUUUUUUUCUUUCAUUUUUUUCAACCCUGUCCAUUAGACUCCUUUUCAUCAUGGAUAAAUGUUGCUGCAUUUGAUUUGUUUGUAAAAUAUUUUUGACACCUGAUGUACUGGAAACGCUAAAGAAUUGGACAUGUGCAUUUUUCAAGAAUAAAGACUAGGCAUACACUGGUAUCUAUCUGCACAGGGUACUUUAUUUCAUAGCGUUCCUUGGGGGAAAAUAAUUUUGAUACAAAACAUAAUAAAAAAAAGUGUACCUUUGUAUUUUUACAAUACUGAUGAUACCUUUCAUCGUACUAAACCAAUUUUGGAUGAUUUGACACCAAUCACGUUAUAUGGGGAGGGUUUUGGCCACUAAAAUGUGUGUUGUUCUGGAAUAUUCAUCUCAGGGUGCAAAUGGUGUGAAAGAGAACAGGCCUCUUUUAGUUUGUAUAUUAACACACUUAAUUAAAUGUUUGGGACGGUGCUUGUCAACCACACAGGAAGACUCGGGCAGCAGGCUGCAGAUUGUUCCUGCAGCCUUCUGGCCGUGGACACGAGAUGUUAAACCACAGCGUUCUCUGAGGAAAUACUUUGUUUUACUUGUUUUACAGAUGACGAAAUAGCAGCUAGGUUGCAUACAAAGUGAGAAAUUGAAAGCGGAAUCCAUAUGAGGAGUUUGUUCUGUAGCUUCUUCCUGUAAUGGGAAUGAAUGUUUUUCCAUCUGUUUUAUGGAUUAUUAUUUUUUUAUCUUUUAACAUUUGGAAAUAAAAGUACUUCAUGUCUGUUUAUCUUGA